AUGAGUUGUGCCCGUGUGGUGAACGACUCUCGCGGAGAUGGAAUCAACUGUGAAAUGAUGAAAGAAAGGUGUAACGUUUUGUUGAAAGCUCCGUUCACAAAUUGCAGUGUGGACCCUCAGCCCUUCAUCACCGCCUGCACCAACCUCCUGUGUAACUACACAGACACAGACGGCCUCUUCUGCCACCUGCUGGACGCCUAUGCUCGCUCCUGUGGCCUGGAGGACUGGGGAGAAGAGUUUGGCUGCUCGGACACUGGAUGUUUUGAGAAGCAGUGUCUCUAUGACAACGAGUUUUGUGGUUUGUCUCUCGGCGGUGACGCUCGAUGUUUCUGUCGCAGCUCCUACGCUGCCCCCUACAGGGCUAAUGGCACACUGGGAGAUGACACUGUGUGUGUGUCUAAAAGUGCCUCUGUUUCUCUGGUGGGAUGUCUCCUGGAGGAAAAAGGCAUCGACAUCCCGAGUCUGCGCCUGAACGACCCCAACUGCACCGGAGUCCAAGACCUUGCAACCAACAAGGUCACGUUCACCUUCAGCGACACAGACCACUGUGCCGCCAACGUGUCGAUAAAUGGCAGCAGAAUCAUUUACGCUAACACGAUCAUGACGCCUGGAGACACCGGGGACAUCAUCAACAGAGAAGACCAGCUGUCCAUCCACUUCUCCUGCACCUACGCCCAGCCACAAGUCCAGACCAUGUCCCUGAAGAUCCUGGACAGCUCGGUGGUCAAAGUGAUCGACGCUGGAGAAUGGGCGUAUGUCCUUAAGAUGACGGCCUACACGGAUGUGAAUCUGCUCUCAGCCCUGGACUCUGGCACACAACUGCACCUGAACGAUUACCUCUGGAUCCAGGCGAAGGCCACAGAGGUGGACAAACAGCUCAUGGCUCUGGUCAUCGAGGACUGCUGGGCGACCAAGGAGGCCCAGGCCAAUGCCACCCAGAGAUACAACCUCAUCAGCAACGGCUGUUCUGAUGAGGAGACUGUGACUGUGGUUUCUAACGGAGAAGGUCUGGCCAGUGUCUUCUCCCUCAGGGUGUUCCAGUUUGUGGGCAGCACCACAGAUGUUUAUCUGCACUGUGACACCAAACUCUGCCUCAAGUCUACGAACUGCACCAAGACGGCGUUGGACGGCGUUGGACGGCGUUGGACGGCGUUGGACGGCGUUGGACGGCGUGGGACGGCGUUGGACGGCGUGGGACGGCGUUGGACGGCGUGGGACGGCGUUGGACGGCGUUGGACGGCGUGGGACGGCGUGGGUCUUGUCGAGACUCCAGUGAACAGCAUGUCCCUUUGA